UUUCCUCCAUACUUACAAAGAGUUAUAUGGUAUUUGACGUCUGAUUCUAAUAUCUCUUAUUUAAUAAAAUUUGUUUUUCGAUAAAGUUGAUAUUGAAAAAAAUUUAUGCAAACAUUCAAUUAGCAUGCAUAGAUGACAUUCUUCCAAUAAAUAAAUUAUGUCCAAUUUAUCUCAUGUACAACGUGUUAGAAUAUUGUAUAAAGCAAUUUUAAGGUUACAUCGUGGUUUACCAGCUGAAAUUCAAGCUGUAGGAACCAGUUAUGUUCAAGAUGAGUUCAGAAGACAUAAAAAUUGUGAUGAAGCUACAGCAGCUAUAUUUUUGAAGGAAUGGACAGAGUAUGCUAUAAUGCUUACUAAACAACUUGGACUAAAAGGGCCUCAUACAGCUAAACCUCUAGGUAAAAAUUUAAAAGAAGAAGAUUUAGACAAAUUUAGGAAUGAACAAAUGUAUCAAUUGUAUGAGCUAAUGAUUGCAGCUACUGGUAAAACUAAUAAUGAUGGAGAAGACAAAUAGUUUAUUAUCGCUACAAUGUCAAAGUACUUCAUAUUUUAUAGUUUUUGAGAUAUGUAAUAUUACAUAUCAUAGUGUAUUAUAAAUGUAAUUGUAAUUUACUCAUAUCAUUAUUUAUGUACAUAAGCAAUCCAUAAAAAUUUAGGCUUGAGCAAGAUACCUUAAAAUAAUACUCAUUAACACUAGUACCUAUUAGACUUGUACAUAAAGUGUAUUAAAUAUUAGUGUACUAUAACGUAUUUAAUGUUGUAAAAAAUAUAAAAUAUUACAAUAAAGAAAUUACAGAGUGCAGAAAAAAGAAAACAAUGUUUAACAACUUAAUUACAUUACAAAGCUUUACAAUAUAUAUAAAAAUACAAUAUAUAUCAAAAAAGAUGAUAUCACUCAUUUGAUGAUUCAUUUAUUUUGUUACUGAAGAUUAUCUUCUUUAGAUCGUAUACAUAUACAGAUAUAGUCAAUUAGGUUAUAAGUUAUAAGUACAUCUUGUGGGAUCACAUAACCUUGUAAAUUGUUCUUUUUAUUAAAAAAUUUCAUAAAUUACAAACAUUAGCAUAAAAUCAAAGUACGUUAAUAAAAAAAUGAAAGCGUGGAAAGAGUCUGCUAGCUUAAUAUUAGCUGCACGUCAAACACAAAGAUAUAUUCGCCCGUCUUCUACAAAAGUAAGUUUGAUUAAAGUAUUUAUAAUUAAAUGUUGCUUUGAUCAUUAUUCUUAUUAUUGUAUUAAAAAGAAAA